CUCACCUCAUCCAGCUACAAUAACAAGAAACAUGAACAACCCCCAAACAAGCCCUUUUCUACUUUUCCUUCCCUAAUCCCUCCACACCUUAAUCUUUGUCAAAAUGUCCUUUGACGCGAUCCCCAUUCUCGACCUCUCACUAGCUAAAGACCCCAUCACCAAACCGGAGUUCCUCACCGAACUAAGACAUGCUCUGUUAGAAGUUGGGUUUUUGUACUUGAAGAAUGUGGGGAUUCCGGAGGAGUUGACGGAGAAGGUUAUUCGGGAGGGAGUAGGGUUUUUUGAGUUGCCUUUGGAGGAGAAGUGAGUUCUCUAUCUUGUUUCCUUUAGUGGAAGUCUGAGAUAUGCCGAACCUACCUGAAUUCAGACCCAAAAAAGAGAAGAGAAAUACACACACUAAGACGAUAUCCCCAGACGGAAGAUCGAAAUGAAAAACGCCCCCUCCUUCCUAGGCUACUCCCGUCUCGCCGCCGAAAUCACAGCCCACUCCAUCGACCACCGCGAACAAAUUGAUCUCUCGACCGACCACCCACCGCGUACGCCCUCACAGCCUCUAUACCGGAAUCUUUUUGCACCUACACAAUGGCCUUCCGAGGAAUACCUCCCGAAUUUCAAGAACGUGUACUCGGAGUACAUCACCAAGAUGGGGGAGAUUAGUAUCUACUUCACCACCCUGAUUGCGGAAGCCAUUGGCCUCCCUCCAACAGCGUUCAACAAGUAUUUCGAUGCGGAUCAACAGCAUAAGUUGAAGAUCGUGAAGUAUCCCGAUCUAAAAGAACUGGGAAUAGAAGGGGAGGGACAGGGCGUAGGACCACAUAAAGAUAGUAUGUUCACAAGUUACCUGUUACAAGUAACGAAUCACAAAGGCCUCCAAGCCCAGAACCUAGCAGGGUCAUGGAUCGACUGUCCCCCCAUCCCAGGAACGCUCGUCGUCGCCAUCGGACAAGGGAUGGAGGCCCUAACACAGGGCGUCUGCAUGUCCACCACGCACCGCGUGCUAUCUCCUGCUCCGGGGACGGGAGCGCGGUACUCGGUUCCGUUCUUCCAGGGCGUGAGUCUAGAUGCGGAGUUUGAGGAGCUGAAUGAUUUGGAGAAUGGAGGGGGGGUGGGACUGGUGCCUGAGGAGAUUAGGAGGAUGAGAGAGGAGGUUGUGAGGAGGAAUGGGGGACGGUUGGAUGAUGUGGAGUUUACGUUUAAGGGGGGUACUGGGUUGAAGACGCUUGGUGAGGCGACGUUGAGGAAUAGGGUUAAGAGUCAUCCGGAUGUGGGGGGGAGGUGGUAUCCUGAUGUUUUGGAGGAGAUUAGGAGGGAGCAGGCUGCUACUAGAGGAUGAGAGGACAGAGGUGGAAUGCUUGUAUGAUUCUGGGCUGUGGUUCUUUGAUAGAGAUAGCCCUGGAUUGUUCUGAGGUGUUGAUUUUAUGAGCCGCACCACUCGAGCAGAUGCAGAGUACGACAUGAAAACUGAGCAGUGGGAUUUGCGGGCCAGAAUUCAUGGGAAACCUUUGGCAUUCUGGGAGUUUGGGUUCCAUGAAGACUUCAUAGUGCAAGAAGAUCACUGUAACUGAAGCUAUCAGUGGCUAUCCCACCAGAAUCUCCUCUAACCUGCACAGCCGUAAUAACAAGCUGUAUUUGUUAGGAUCAGCGCUACUACUCGCAGUACAUUUGUAAGAGCAUCCAAUACCAUAGGUACUUCAAGACAAGCAUUUUAUUGUCAACGCCCAACUUUACUUGCCUCCUUGGACUCUCCUUGGAGGCCCUCUGUGGUGCCGUGGUGG